UUCCCUUGAAUAUUUUACUUUCGAUUUGACUUCAGCUCCCGCCAAAGCAGACCGGAGUUCCAUGUAUAUUAUAGGAAGUGGCGUCUGUCUCGUCACAAGGCACAUCGAAUGGUACUGAAACCGAUAUAAUACAGAGGUCAAGAUGGACAACAAAAACGAACGUUUAGUAUGGGUUGACUUAGAGAUGUCUGGACUUGACAUAGAGAAAGAUCACAUUUUGGAAAUGGCAUGUCUGGUCACCAAUGGACACCUUGACAUAGUAGCUGAGGGCCCUAGCUUGAUCAUUAACCAGCCGACCAGUGUGUUGGACAGUAUGGGACCAUGGUGUAGGAACCACCAUGGAGAGUCUGGUCUAACAAAAGCUGUGAUGGAGAGCAACAUAUCACUAGCAUCUGCUGAACAACAGAUGUUAGGAUUUAUACAGCAACACACCCUUCCAAAGAUGGCCAUAUUAUCUGGUAAUUCUGUACAUGCUGACAAAGUCUUCCUGGACAAAUUCAUGCCCGAGUUCAUGGCUCAUCUCCAUUACAGAAUCGUGGAUGUCAGUACCGUCAAGGAACUCUGCCGGAGGUGGUAUCCUGAAACAUAUAAAAAGGCUCCAUCAAAAAAAGGUUCUCACAGAGCUUUGGAGGAUAUUAAGGAAAGUAUAGAGGAGCUCCGGUUUUACAAGACUUCAAUCUUUAAGUGAACAUCUCAUCUCAGCAUGUACUGUGAUAUAUAAAACUGUUUAAAAUUUUGACAAAAACUAUGACUGCAAUAUAUUUGUAUCAAGAAUACGAAACAAUGGAAACAAUGAGUGAUCAACGCUAUUACACUCAGGGAUGAGUACAUGUACAGUAUAUUUUAACCCAACCACUUCUUCAUAAAGAGGCUACAUGCUAUUUCGUUUUGAAAA